UAGUGUUGUAGCAACACCACGUGAGCUUAGGACAUUAGUUCAGUGCUGUAAGUUUCACCUACAGAGAUGUGGUCAAGACUGAGGCGUCUAGUUGAGAGAGACAAUACACAGCAUGGAGAGACCAGAGCAAGGAAGAAGGAAGCAGGCCCUAGGUCUCACUGGAAAACAUGGAGAAAUCUCUGGUGCUGGGAAAGACACGGGACUACUCGGGAAGCACCAUCCCAACUCUCCACCUUCACUGAGCAGGAGCAGGAGCAGGUGCAGGAAAUGAAAAAACUAGAGAAACUCACCAUUCGUCUACAUGAUAUGGAAUGUGAGAGAAAUGAGCUGCGUGGAAUCCUGGCCAAUUACACAAACAAGGAUUUGAACAACAGGCUAAAUUUUGAACUCGAGAUGCUUGAAAUGGAACACAAGCAGGUGAUGUCAGCUCUCCAGAAAUUGCCCAUGGAGAUUAGUGAUGCCUUGGACAAGUGCAAGGGGCUGAUUGAGGAGACUGAAUACUUUAGUUACCUCCAUGGCCGGUUCCUACGAGAGUGCAAUCCCCUAAAGAAGAGUGUACGUGUGUUGAGGAUCCAGAACACACAGCUGUGGAAAGAGCAGAUUGAACUGCAAAAGACCUGUGAGGAGGUGAAGAAGCUCUUGAAGGAGGCCCAUGAGAAGAUCUGUGACCCCUGUGCUGAGCAGCAGCAGGAGCAGGAAAACCUGGAGGAAAGACUGAAGGACCUGCUGAAGCAGAAGGAGCUGGUCACCCAGCAAAGGGACUUGGCAGAAAAGCUGCAACAUCACUUCAGUGUCUCUGAGAUGAGGUCAGAAAAUCUGCACCACAAGCUGGAACAUGUCACAGCCCAGGAUGAGAGCCUCCUGCAGACAGAGCUGCUGCAGCAGGAGCAGGAAGUAUCACAGGCAAGUGAGCCACCACUGCAUUCCAACCCCUGCAACCAUGGCAUUCAUGGGGACUGGGGGCUCUUGACAUUGGCUUCCAGUCUGGGGCAGAUUGGAGAGCUUGCUCAGGUGGUGAAGAUGAGGGAAAGCGGUGGGAUCACUAACCCAGCUACCACCCAGGUUCAGAACAACGGCUACAAGUCAUCCCACCCUAACACCCUCUUCAUCUACGAACUGCAGGAGCACGUGAAAAGCCCAGAUCUGCAGAUCAGAGCUGCAGGAUCUCCAUGA